CUCUAGCAGCCAUGUUGGACUGCUCUGUCUCCCUCUCAUUUUUCAUCUUUGAAGUUCCCCUCUCUCUCUCUCUCUCUCUCUCUCUCUCUCUCUCACACACACACACACACACACACACAACUUAUGGCAAUGGGAAUAGCAAUAGGGAGUGAUCAAGGUGCAGCAGGGGAAUACAAUGGGAGGAUGACUUUAUUUGUGGUGUUAUCUUGCAUGAUGGCUGCCAUGGGAGGAGUUAUUUUCGGCUACGAUAUUGGAAUUUCAGGUGGAGUGACCUCAAUGGAACCAUUCCUGAAGAAAUUCUUCCCAGAAGUGAACACAAAGAUGAAAGAAGACACCAAGAUUAGCAACUACUGCAAAUUUGACAGCCAGUUGUUGACCUCAUUCACAUCCUCCCUCUAUGUGGCUGGCCUCAUUGCUUCCUUCUUUGCCUCAUCCGUCACCAAAGCUUUUGGGCGCAAACCCUCAAUCCUCAUCGGAGGAGCUGCAUUCCUUGCAGGGGCAGCCCUUGGUGGCGCAGCUUUAAAUGUCUACAUGCUAAUCUGUGGCCGCGUCUUGCUCGGUGUUGGUGUUGGCUUUGCAAACCAGUCAGUGCCACUAUAUCUCUCAGAAAUGGCUCCACCAAGAUACAGAGGAGCAAUCAACAAUGGCUUCCAAUUCAGCGUCGGCAUCGGUGCUCUCUCAGCAAACCUCAUCAACUACGGCACACAAAAGAUCAAAGGCGGCUGGGGUUGGAGGAUCUCCUUAGCCAUGGCAGCAGUCCCCGCUUUGAUCCUAACUCUCGGCGCCCUCUUCCUCCCCGAAACACCCAACAGCCUAAUCCAACAAAACACCGAUCCCCAGACGGCCAAAUCGAUGCUACAACGAAUCAGAGGCACCCAAGACGUCCAAGCGGAACUAGACGACCUUAUCAAAGCUAGCGAAAUCUCGAAAAACAUCAAACACCCAUUCAAAAAAAUCAUUCAGAAAAAAUACCGGCCUCAGUUGGUCAUGGCAAUAGCAAUACCCUUUUUACAACAAGUCACUGGCAUCAACGUGAUUGCGUUUUACGCUCCCCUUGUUUUUCGGACGAUGGGUAUUGGCGAAAGUGCUUCGCUGAUGUCAUCGGUUGUGACGGGAGUGGUGGGUACCGGGUCCACGUUCAUAUCCAUGUUGAUCGUUGAUAAGCUUGGGAGGAGAGUUUUGCUUUUGGUCGGGGGAAUUCAAAUGUUGGCGUCACAAGUAAUGAUCGGAGUGGUACUAGCAACUCAGUUGGGGGACCAUGGUGGGGUGAGCGAAGGGUAUGCCGUUUUGGUCCUGGUUUUGAUAUGCGUUUACGUUGCAGGGUUUGGGUGGUCGUGGGGUCCGUUGGGGUGGUUGAUUCCCAGCGAGAUCUUCCCGCUGGAAAUACGGUCGGCGGGGCAGAGCAUCAACGUGGCUGUGAAUUUUUUGUUCACCUUUGUUGUGGCUCAGACUUUUUUGGCUAUGCUUUGCCAUUUCAAGUCUGGGAUUUUCUUCUUUUUCGGGGGGUGGGUGGCGGUGAUGACAGUGUUUGUUUACUUGUUUUUGCCGGAGACUAAGAAUGUGCCGAUGGAACAGAUGGGUAGAGUGUGGAGGGAACACUGGUUUUGGAAGAGAGUUGUGGGGGAGGAGUAUGAUGCGAGCAAAAUGGAGGAAUAAGUAAUACUAUCAUGCUACAAACACGUUUUUCGGCCACUCCCCAUACACUCCUCUCUCACGAGCAGCGGAGCCCGCAGAUGUGUGGAGCCCAUUGCUUGUGAGAGAGGAGUGUCUCGAGAGUGGCCGAUAGGCGGUAAAUGAGCAUACUAGUCUAACAACAAUGAUUUUUUCUAAUAAAGUCACUAAAGCAAUAUUGUUUUCUUA